AUGUGCUCAGUUCGGCUGACAGCGGCUUUUAAGGUCGCACGAGAACAAAUUCGCAUUCACGGGUUAUUCGCAUUUAUUCAGUUAACGACUGCACCUCAACUGCGAACCGUCGACACGAAGUUAACGGCUGCACCUCAACUGCGAACCGUCGACACGAAGUUAACGGCUGCACCUCAACUGCGAACCGUCGACACGAAGUUAACGACUGCACCUCAACUGCCAACCGUCGACACGAAUUUAACGACUUCACCUCAACUGCGAACCGUCGACACGAAUUUAACGGCUGCACCUCAACUGCGAACCGUCGACACGAAUUUAACGCCUGCACCUCAACUGCGAACCGUCGACACGAAGUUAACGACUGCACCUCAACUGCGAACCGUCGACACGAAGUUAACGGCUGCACCUCAACUGCGAACCGUCGACACGAAUUUAACGGCUGCACCUCAACUGCGAACCGUCGACACGAAUUUAACGGCUGCACCUCAACUGCGAACCGUCGACACGAAGUUAACGACUGCACCUCAACUGCGAACCGUCGACACGAAGUUAACGACUGCACCUCAACUGCGAACCGUCGACUCGAAUUACAUCCCCUGGAUCCCUAACUUGGUCAUUACUGAUUAUAUAUAUAUGUUUGAUUCCUGGACUGUUUACCUAUUUGGUCGCAAGAAAUGUGUAAUGUUUUCUUGUUCAUGUUUUAUCCUGGGAGCAGUAGUAACUGCCACAGCACCCAGCAAGGAGGUACUCUUGAUUGGACGACUUCUCACAGGAUCUGGAAUUGGAUUUGCUUGUGCUACAACUGCUGUAUAUGUUGCAGAAUGUUCUCCAAGCCAUAUGCGUGGCCGUCUGGUCAGCAUGUGUCAACCAUUUUUGACUGUAGGAAUUUUAUUUGGCACGAUCAUUGCUGCACUCUUCAGUUAUGACAAGGUGAAUGGAUGGAGGUACAUAUGGGGUGUCCAGGCUAUCUUCAGUUGUAUCCAAUUUGUUGCUUUGAUUUUUCUGCCGGAAUCCCCACGCUGGUUUAUACAGAAAUCUCGUAAAGAAGACGCAAUGAAAUCAUUGAUCAGAAUUCGAAAGACAAAAAAUGUCGAAGAAGAAAUGCAAGAAAUUGAAACUAAUUUCAAAGAAGUACAGGAAUCAAUUGAAAAUUCAGGUGGAGGCAAUUUGUUUGUGAGGAUGUUUAAAACCUGCUCAGUAAGGCGGGCCUUGAUGGUGGGCUGUGGAUUACACUUAUUCGCUCAGUUUUCUGGUGUGAAUACAGUUAUAUAUUACAGUGGAACCAUAAUACAAAUGUCUGGCAUUGGAAAUGUAACAAAUGCAAUUUGGAACUCUGUCAUUGUCAACAGUGUUACUCUUGUAUUUUCCAUUAUUGGAGUGUGGUUUGUUGACUCAGUUGGGAGAAGGAAAUUGGCAAUUAUUGGACUCUUAGGUCUAUUCUUCAGCAGUUUGUGUAUCGGAACAACUUUCCUUAUGGAAGCCAUAUAUUCCCCAAGGGUCAAUACCACAAACGAUUUUCUCAACAACACCUGUUCUACAUACAGUCAAUGUAAUGACUGCGUCAGUGAUGUACAUUGUGGCUUUUGCUACAAAGAUACAAGUGAUAUCAUGAACAGUGCUUGUCUACCAGUCAACAAUACUGCUCAGCUGUUAUCCAAAGUAGGGGCAUGUAACUCUUCAUUAAAUCUUUCGAAAUAUUCCAUGAAAUGGGCUUAUGAUUAUUGUCCUGUAUCUUUCUCGUGGGUAGCAAUUAUCGGGCUCACCCUUUUCCUCAUGUUCUAUGCUACAGGUAUGGGUCCCCUUCCAUGGACAGUGAAUGCUGAGAUUUAUCCUCUGUGGGCACGCAGCAUGGGUAGUGGAAUGGGAGCCAUGACUGGUUGGUUUUGUAACUUGAUUAUUGCAGUCUCAUUUCUGUCAUUUAUUGAAUUCAUUCAAAAUUAUGGUGUUUUCUACUUGAUGGCUUCCAUGGCCCUGAUUGGGUCAGUCUUUUGUUGCUUCUUUCUGUUUGAGACAAAGAACAAGACAUUGGAAGAAAUUGAAAUGUUAUUCUUAACAAAGAAACAAAAUUUAUGA